AUGGCCAAGCAGGCGCCAGAGGAGUACAACCAAGUCGGCGUCUUAGGGGCAACCCUCACAAUCAUCGGCGCUGGCUCCGGCACGACGGAAUAUCUCCUUGCUUUCCUCCUUCGCAGCAUCGGCCGGUUACCGCAAUUGCCCGAAUGGGCGGAAGUCUCGAAGCUCCAAUACUUGGGGACGAUUGUGCGAGAAGGCUUGCGCCUGCAUACCCCAGUGCAGAGUACCAUGAAUCGUGUCAUAGGGCCAGGAGGGCUCGACCUUUGCAGCCGCUGGAUUCACGCAGGGACCACGGUGGGCUGCUUUUUGCAGGCUUUCCACCUGAACAAGGACGUUUAUGGCACGGAUGCCAGGGAGUUUGGACCAAAGAGAUGGGUGGAAGUCUUGGAGGAGCAUGUCAAAUCAAUGGAGCGUGGGGGGUUCUGGUUUGGCAGCGGCAAGCAUGUCUGCCUUGGACAGCAC